AUGCACCGAAAAUACAAAAUUAUUACUAAAGUUUCAUGCUGUCUUGGGAUCUACUUUCUAGUCGUGUACCCACUGAAACUAUUUUAUGACUCUUCGCAAAGAUGCCAAAAAAUUAUCUCUUUUUUUGGAUUUAACCUUAUGCCACUUUCCGAAGAAGAAGAAAAGUACCCGCUCGCGUACGGAAUGCUUGUCUAUAAGUGGACAGACCAAGUCUACUACACAGUAAGUGCUUUUUAUCAACCGCAGAACCAGUAUUGUAUCGGUAUUGAUAACAAAAGUGAUCGAGCUUUCAAGAGAAACGUCGGCUAUCUUGCUCAGUGUUUCCCAAAUAUUCAUGUUAUGGAAGUUCCUGCCGUCUCAUAUUGUGGUCAUUCAGUCAUUUGGGCAGUUCACCUUUGCCUUCGCUAUCUGACAUCGUUGCCGAGUAAAUGGAAAUAUUAUCAAUAUCUGACAGGUUUUGACCUUCCACUAAAAACAAACCAUCAAAUGGUGCGAAUUUUCAAGCAGCUAAACGGUUCAUUUAAUGGUGAAGUUAAAGCUUUUCAGCUCGACCGAUUACGGAACAAAUCGAAUAUGCAUCCACCUUAUAAACUAAAGUUAUUCAAAUCUAGUCUGUCUGCCACAUUUAGUCGAGAAACAGCAGAAUUUUUAGCCAGUUCUAGAGAAGCAAUGGCGUUAUUGUCUUUCCUCAACGGCACCUUUUGUCCAGAUGAAUCUUUUUGGACUACGUUGAUCGGAAACAAAAAUGGUUCUUACUAUUGUAAACCAGAAAACCUUACUGCUGUGCCUUUCUACAUUUCUCAAUGUUGGCUUUCAGGAAAAUACGUCUCUGCUUCCUGCGCCUUUGGUGUGGGGGACGUUCCCUCACUUCUGCAACGACCACAACUGGUUGCGCAUAAAUUUUACCUGGACUACGAACCAGCUGCAUAUUUUUGUCUGUACCAAAAAGUUAGAGAACGAGCCCAAGAAGAUAUUGCUAGUUUUAACGAAAAACCAUACGGUGAUUUACCUGGUCCGCGGCUAACUCGUGGAGAGGAUAUUUCCGAGUGGUUUAAAAACAAUGCUUAUUGA